CAAAACAAGUUCCUUUCAACUGAAAUCGACAGUUACUCAGUAACCUUUAUACGGUACACUGCAAUUCGUUACAUAACAUCCCGGUUUUACGUACUGCUGUGGACUUCACAGAAGUAUCAACACAAUGGACAACGUUCAGAACAAGAUCGUGCUGAUCACCGGAGGAGCUACUGGACUGGGCAACAAGUUUGCCGAAAUAUUGCUUCGCAAUGGUGCAAAGACUGUUGCCAUAAUCGAUCUGUGCACAUCGAACGGUGAAAGCGUAGCGGCCACGUUCGAGAACGAAUUUGGGAAGGGUCGUGUCAUGUUCGUUGCCUGUGAUGUGACAAAGGACGAAGAUUUGCAAAAGGCAUUUAAGAAAGUUAUCAGCAUAUUCCAAGGGCUCGAUAUCGUCAUCAACAACGCGGGUAUACUUAAUGACCACGAUUGGAAGCAGACAAUCGAUAUCAAUGUCACGGCAGUGAUCUGCAGUUCGUUGCUAGCCCUUGAUCAUAUGGGAAAGCAUAAAGGAGGCAAGGGCGGUACCAUCGUGAACAUCGCAUCUAUUUUUGGAUUGUCCAAGGCUGGCGGUGUACCAGUGUACUGUGCUUCGAAACAUGCCGUCGUUGGAUUUAGUCGGUGUCUGGCAGACUCGUACGACAAGACCGGAGUGCGAAUUGUCACGAUAUGCCCAGGAGUUACGACGACAACGUUGAUCAAGAAUAUUGAAACUAAAGUCUUGGAUUUCGUAGAUCCGAAACUUGUAAGCCAAUUUUACAGCUUGCCAGUACAAACGGUCGAUGAUGCGACAUCUGCGAUACUGGAUCUCAUCCGAAAGGGUAAAAAUGGUGCAGUUUGGGUCAGAGAAGGUGGUCUACCACCGUACGCCGUGGACUUUCCUCAUUAUUCCAAGCGAGCUCUACCAAUAUACAAGAGUGAUUAACGAUGGCUUGCGUUUUUUGUUCCAUUCUUAUAUAACGCUUGGUUGAUUCAGCUACUUCGAUAUUUUCACAUCAGUUUUAUCAAUAUAUAUCGACAGAAAUGUAUGAUCAGAAAUUUAAAUAAAAGAAUAGAAAU